CGUUGAGCUCAUUAGAUACAAUCAUUACACAAAAGUUACACAGCGAUGACAUCUUUCAACCAGUUGAUGGGUCUUUACCGCUCAUAUGACGAGUUCCAUCCUGAAUUUACCGCAAACAUAAGCGGCGGUUUACUUAUUCUCAUAUCUCUGAUCAGUAUCUUGAUUCUAAUGAUUACCCUAGCCUAUAACGCCAAAACUUCCUCGAUCAAAGGGUCCAUCGUUAAUUUCAUAACAUAUACCUUGCUCGCAGCUGUGGCCGCACUGACAAUAAGUUUCUCAGUAUUAUUUGUCGCCUCACACCUUGGAGUCUACACUUGAUUGACGCCAUUCGGUCCACUAUAACUACCUGUAUAAUACAGCUUUUCUUCUGAUUUAUAAAGCGGUAUAUAGAACAAAAGGAAUAUAAACAAAAAAGUACUAUCGUAUUAGCUUCUCGAACUCAGCGUCCAAAAAGGCCAAAAAAACCACCUUUCUUUCUAUCAAUUGAAUCGUCUGAUACACUAUCUCUCAUUGGUUCGUCAGUGCUCUUUUUCAAAAUGUUUCUUUCCCCGGCCCCUUCGUACUUGAUGUAGUUGUAACCAAUAUCAAACAAAACAGGCUUCACAUUUACAGGCUCAA